AUGCUGCUAAUUAAAUAUCAAUUAACUAAACUAAUUAAAUGUGAAGCCUUAGCUUUUAUGCAAAAGAGUUUUGUAUUUAAUUGAAUUAAGUAAUUGAAGCACUGUAGAGUGGGUGUAUACAUUGAAAUAUGGUGCAUCAAUUGAUCAUCAUGCAGUCUGCACGUGUAUUAGGGUGUAAUGAGUUGAGUUGCGUGUGCAUGUAACAAAACUACUUGAAGCACAUUUAACAGUUAUAACAAGAGCAAUUACAGUUAAAUGAGUGCAGCGCGUAAAAAAAUUAUUAAUGCAUUUCUUAAACAAAAUGUGUGCAGUAGGUUAAAGGUAACGCAUUCACGUUAUUUGAGCAGCAGUCAAAAUGCGGGAACUGAAGCAGAAGCAGCAGCAGCCGUUACGUCGCACGCUCUAAUUAAUCCACGAAAAACUGUGAGUGAUUUCCAAGAGCUCUACGAAGCAACAAAAAAGAAAUUUCAAUCUAAAAAGUUGCCCAUAGAUGUGCAUCCAGAUGCAGUUUUUGCUUGCAAUGAAUUGGACCUUAGUGAGGUGCAGGUUUAUGGCUUCGAUUAUGAUUAUACAUUGGCUUGCUACAAGCCGUUGCUGGAGGAUUUACUGUACAAUUUGGCACGUGAAAUGCUGGUUAAACGUUUUCGCUAUCCGGAAGAUAUUUUGGAUUUGGAAUAUGAGCCAAAUUUUGCUGUACGCGGCUUGCACUAUGAUGUGGAAAAGGGCCUGCUGGUCAAAUUGGAUUCCUUCCUACAACUCCAAUUGGGUUCCGUCUAUCGUGGACGCACCAAAGUGGAAGCAGACGAAGUGCUCAAGCUCUAUCACAAUCGAUUGCUGCCAAUUGCUUAUGUCGAGGGACCCAAUAAUAGCUAUAGACACAAUACCAAUUCGAAAAUGGUGCAAUUGGCGGAUCUGUUUUCAGUGCCCGAAAUGUGUUUGCUCUGCAAUGUUAUCGAAUAUUUCGAACGGAAUCGAAUAGAUUAUAAUCCAGAAAUUGUAUUUCAUGAUACAAGAACGGCCAUGGGCUCAUGCCAUCCCAUUAUGCACUCUACGGUCAUGAAGAAUACGGAAAAGUACAUCGAACGCAAUGCAAGGCUGCCAAAAUAUUUUGAAAAGCUUCAAAAGGCGGGCAAGAAUCUCUUUCUGGUUACGAAUAGUCCAUUUUCUUUUGUCAACUGUGGCAUGUCCUAUUUGGUGGGCGAAAAUUGGAGAGAUUUCUUUGAUGUUGUCAUCGUUCAGGCACGCAAACCAAAAUUCUUUACAGACGAAUCUCGGCCAAUAAGGCUGUACGAUGAGAAAACGCGAUCACAUCUAUGGGAUCGUGUAUUUAAGCUGGAAAAGGGCAAAAUCUAUUAUGAGGGCUCUGUUCGGCAGCUGCAGGAGCUGAAGGGCUGGCGUGGUCAUUCUGUGCUCUAUUUUGGCGAUCAUCCGUACAGCGAUCUGGCAGAUGUUACCUUGAAGCACAGCUGGCGCACAGGUGCAAUCAUCAGCGAGCUAGCCCAUGAGAUAAAGACAUUGAAUCGAGUGGACUUUAAGAUGAGCGCCAACUGGCUGCAAAUGUUGACGCAGCUAAUUGAGGAUACACAGGACGACGACAGCGAGGCGGCGCAGGUGUGUCUGCAAGAUUGGAUGAACGAGCGGGAUCAAUUGCGGAAUAAAACGAAAAAUGUUUUCAACGAACAAUUCGGAAGCGUAUUUCGGACGUAUCACAAUCCGACGUAUUUCUCACGGCGGCUAUUUCGGUUUGCGGACAUUUAUACGAGCGACAUCACGAAUUUGCUAAAGUUUUCGACAUCGCACACAUUUUAUCCACGACGCGGCGUCAUGCCACACGAAUAUGCCUCACAUUUCAUAUAAAACACAGGGUAUAGCACGUCGUC